CGCUCCCACACCCGAUCCCGCACCUCAUCGCCGCCGCCGAGCGUACCCACGCCGAGCGCCUCGCGUCCGCCCCGCGCACCCUCCACGACGCCGCCGCGCGCUACACGGCCGCCGCCGCAGGAAGAGGAGGAGGCCGCCGCCCGCCAAAGGGCUACGACGCCUGGUUCAACUUUGCGUCGCAGCGCGCAGCGUGCCGGAUCGACGGGUUCGACGAGCUGCGCGCCUCGCUCGACGUGUGGUGGGGGCUCGAGGGGCGCGAGAUCCGCGCGCGGAUGGAGCGCAUAGGCGACGCGGGCGACGCGGCGACUCGACCCGCCUACGACGUCAUCCGCCAAACCUGUCCGCCCUCGUCGCUCGCCCGUCGUGCGCCCCUCUCGCCGUCACCCGGCACCAACCCGCACGUCUCGCAGCGCCACACGUCGCGCUUCACGACGCCGCCGCAGCUCGGCGCGUUCCUCGCGCACCCGGACCUCGAGCGCACGACGUGGUGCGACCAGCCCGACCUGCAGGAGCUGCACCAGACGUUCAUCCGGCCGUUGAGCUUCAGCUGGACCGACGGCGUGUGGCCCGUGUUCAGCAACAGCAAGCUCGCCGGGUUCGCCGACGUGCUCGUCCCGGCGUGGUACACGUGGUACGACCGCAUGCCGUACGACGAGGCCAAGGACGUCGAGUGGAAGGGCAAGGCCAACCAGCUCUACUGGCGCGGCACCAACACGGGCGGGCGCUCGGUCGGGCUCGAGUGGAUGGGCUGGACGCGGAGCCGGCUCGUGUCCAAGGUGAACCGGCUCAUCGAGUGGCGGCAUGAGGACCGCGUCCUCGUCGCGACGGCCGACAACCGCACGCUGUCGGCGACGCUGCCCUCGUCGGCCCUCAACGCCGCCCUCGCCGACGUCGCGUUCGCGGCGCCCGACCAGCACGGCGACGCCGACUCGCUCGAGUCGCAGAGCACCGAGCCGUCGUUCCGGUUCACCGACGGCGGCCACUACGUCCCGUUCGAGCACAACUACCUGUUCAAGGCCGUCCUCGACCUCGACGGCACGGCCUACUCGGGCCGGUUCCCGACCCUGAUGCGCUCGCGCUCGGCCGUCGUCAAGUCGCGCCUGUUCACCGAGGCCCUCGACGACACGCUCAUCCCGUGGUACCACUACGUGCCCCUCUCGGUCCGCUACACCGAGCUGUAUCACGUCCUCGCCUACUUUUUCGGCCUCGCGGCCGUGCCCGCCGCGCUGUACAAGGUCGCCGAGCGCGGGCGCACGUGGGCGACCGAGUGCGCGAGGAGGGACGACGCGCUCGUGUACGUCUACUUGCUCGUGCUCGAGUGGGCGAGGCUGUGCGCCGAUGACCGCGAGAGCGACGCGUGGAACCUCGUGCUGUAGCUGUCGGCAUCUGGAAAUAGACUGUACAUA